CCCCUCCCGGCACUUCAUCCGUCCUCUCUUCACGCCGCCCGCGCCGACGACAUACCACUGAGCGUCACCGCUAGCUCUCCGCGAAGCCCCCCCCUCCCCAUCAUACAUCGCCGACACCCCCUAUGGCCCUGAAGCAAUGCAGCCUGUGCGACCGCAAGUUCACCAAGCUCGAGCACGUCAAGCGGCAUGAGCGAUCGCACACGCGAGAGCGACCGUACGAGUGCCCGACGUGCAAGAAGCACUUUUCACGCAGCGACGUCUUGUUCCGCCACUGCAAGGGUCACGCGCAGAACGCCCUCAACCGACUGAGCAACAACCAGCAGAACCAGCAAAACCAGAGCCAGCAGCAACAGCAACAGCAGGCUAGUCAGAGCACGAACGAGGAGAAGCAGACCCCGCACCCCAACGCAUCGCAGAACGAGGCAGCGCCCGGACCGGACCGGACUCUCCAGCACCAGCACCAGCAAGAUCAGAGCCUGUCCCCGCUGUCAAGAAGAACGAGCUCCCAGCAAGUACCGCAGGCCAACGGAGAGGCCACCCAGAACUCGAAUCCGUCCCCGACCAUCCAUGUCCGCCAUCCGUCCGUCGCCCAGCAGACAUCGCCCAACGACAGCCGCAUAGAAGCCCUCAUCAACGCCGCCCAGCACCUCGGGACCCCUUCAGACGUGCCGUGGCGGUCGCCAUCUCCAAUCAACCUGCCGUCCGAUAAUGACCGCUUCCUCGCCCGAAACCAGGACAGCAUGCCUCCGCCAAUAGAUCCCGCAAUUGACAUGCUUUCAUUCUCCCCGCAGGGCCAUGUUUCUAGCCUCGACCAGUGGGCUUUUGAGCUCGUGCAGAGCAGCCAUCCGCUGCCGAAUCGGACCCCGGCCGAUGCUCUCCAAACCUGGCUGUUUCCGCUUGACAACGAUAUACUGAAUUCGACUGGCUCACACCACAUGGCAAUAGACAGUCACUUCGAGCACGACCCGUUUAGAAAUGGUGCAGACAACCAGGCGAGCCCGUCCGGCAGCAGCGUUUCGAUAGCGAGCAGAAUACCUAGGGAACGAUUUGCGAGGGUCGAAAGCUGCUGGCCAUCCAGAAAUCGCAAGCCGUCCCGGCUGAUGCCCGCCCUAUGGCAGAAUUUAAUCGCAGCUGAUUGCACAAAUAUCCUCUCUGAGAUCCCGUCCGGUGUUAUCGAGACUCCAAUCAGCGAACGUGAGAGGAGGAAUUCGCGCUGGGGCCUGGACGAGGAAUGCAGGGACAUGCUCCAGGGCGCACUGAACAACGCGCCUCUAGCUGCCAGUAUGCGCUCUGAGUCGGUUAUAGACACUGCAUCGUCUAGUGGCGAGGCGGGAGCUAGCCCUGGAGCAGAAGGCAUCCAGUUCCCGCCCGCCGAGAUUCUCGACAUCGCGCUCGAGAUGUACCUGUACUACUUCCACCCAACUCUCCCCAUCAUUCACAUCCCGACCUUCUCAGCAAAGAAUGCUCCGCGGCCGCUGCUGCUCUCCAUGUGCCUCAUUGGGCUCAGUAUACUCGGCACAGCCGGGGCUACCAGGUUCGUAGGGCGAACAUUUCCGACCGUGCUGCAAAUGGUGAAUGCCGAACUCCAGUCGUUAGCAAACAGCAACCAUCCACCGCAAAGGCAGAUGCGCAUCAUUGCUACAGGUCUCUUAGCGCUCAAUCUGGCCUCUAUCACCGGAGUACGACUAGGCAUGCCACGAUCCAGAGAUGUCGCUGACCCGGAGCAGAGGAAAAGUCGAAUAGCGCAGGCCGAGAAGCUUUACAAUGACCUCAUUUCUGCGGCAACAAAUCAUGGCCUGUUUUCGGCCAGCGAGGCUGCGUCGCCUGACUCUCUGCUGGAAGACAUUAUGGACAUCGACGCUCGGUGGAAAGCGUGGUGCAGGAUAGAAUGUGCUAAACGUAUCAUUCUCGGUCUCGUAGAAGCGGACUGCUGGUAUGCGGCAUACUUGUCAGCAUCCCCGAUGAUACGGCCGGAAUCUGUGCAAAUUCUGCCCCCUUCGGAGUACAACUUAUACCACGCAAACUCGGCGACGAAGUGGUUUCACCUGGUCCAGCGCGGAGCCCGUAUACAUUCGAACCGCAUCACCCCUUCCUAUCUGCCAACGCCUGGACUGAAGCUCGACACCAGCACGCUAAGAAGCCUGCUCACCCUCCUUCUCCUCCGGAUAUAUGAAUCCAAUGACAGACUUGCGAACGUCAAUGGGCCACAGAAAUAUAUCGAACCCUGGCGGAUAUACUCGGAAGAUUCUCGAAGCCGGGAGUUGAUACCACUUCUAGUCAAUCUCUCUUCGUCGUCCAUCGACGCACUGAGAACAGCUGACCUGAACUCGGCGGUCCUUUGGCACGCCUCUUGCAUGAUGCUUGGAGCGAACAUCCGGUAUUUUGAACUUGCUGCAGGACGUGCUGGACCAGGACCAGCUGUCACUGCUCUAGAGGAUAUUUCGGCAUGGUCGCAGACACCUUCAGCGAGGCGAUCAGUGCUGCAUGCCGCUCACAUCUUCAAGCUCCUCUUUGAUCGCAAGGUCUCAGACAUUGUCAAUCCCCACAGCGUUCUGGCGCUCUUCCAAGCUGCGCUCGUCCUCGGCCUUUACAUCUUCACCUUGCCUCCCACCACUACCUGCGGAAUCAACGACAAUUGCAUCGAGCUCUUGGAUCUCGUCGACUGGUCGCAUGUGGGUCAGGUAGGCCUCAUCGAUAGCGCGCAUUCGCCAGGGGCGCAGCUUGGCUUCGGCGACGGUUCAGUGAUCAACUUCAUUCGGAACAGUGGGCCCUUCAGUAUCACAGGUAUCGCUCUCGAGGGCGGAUAUCUCGCUGCGCGAAGAACGCUCCUACAUUGCGCAGACCUCAUGGACGGCAUGGGCCGCUGGAAGAGCAGGACGUUCUCCCAGAUCCUCCAUAUUAUGAGCGACGAUUUGACGGAUGUGGACGGUCCGGAUAGCGAUGACGCGUGACGGUUACAAUCCUCUUCCUUGCUGUCAAUCACGUAUUUGCGUAGAAUUUGGGGAAGGGGAUGAUUACGGCGCUCUUUAAACACGUUGUAUGAAUGGUCUUUACCGUUGUGACAUGCAUUGCACGGGCGUUUCUUUUUGUCGAAACGAUGCUCAACGCAUCGCGAGCUCUUGUAUGGGAAGCAUGGCUCUCAAAACUUGGAAUCAACGCCCGGCUACGUUAUAUAGCUAUGCGUGUAGUACG